UCUCGCCCCCAGCGCCGCUCGCCCAAGGCCCAAGCGCUGCCACAGCCUGAGCCGACCCCACCAUGGACACCGGAGUCAUCGAAGGGGGUCUCAAUGUCACACUCACCAUCCGGCUACUCAUGCACGGAAAGGAGGUGGGAAGCAUCAUUGGGAAGAAAGGGGAGUCCGUGAAGAAGAUGCGUGGCGUUUGCCUCCCGCAGAGCGGAGCUCGCAUCAACAUCUCGGAAGGGAACUGCCCCGAGCGUAUCAUCACCCUCGCGGGACCCACCAACGCCAUCUUCAAAGCUUUUGCGAUGAUCAUUGACAAACUGGAAGAGGACAUCAGCAGCUCCAUGACCAACAGCACAGCUGCCAGCCGGCCCCCGGUCACCCUCCGACUUGUGGUCCCUGCCAGCCAGUGCGGGUCCCUCAUUGGGAAGGGAGGCUGCAAGAUCAAGGAGAUCCGAGAGAGCACGGGGGCACAGGUCCAGGUGGCAGGGGACAUGCUGCCCAACUCGACUGAGCGAGCCAUCACCAUUGCUGGGAUCCCACAGUCCAUCAUCGAGUGCGUCAAACAGAUCUGCGUCGUCAUGCUUGAGUCUCCCCCGAAGGGUGUCACCAUCCCGUACCGACCCAAGCCAUCCAGCUCUCCCGUCAUCUUUGCAGGCGGCCAGCACUGCCCUGCCGGGCUGCAGCGAGGAGGAGGAGGAGGAGGAAGGAGGGGUGAUGUAGCCCUUGGAGGUUGGUACUGGAGUGGGAGCAGAGCUGAGUGCCCGGCUGGAGCCCCCCAGUGCCAGCACCCUGCUCCUGGAUGGAGGACCCUGCGGCGACACACGGGGAGGGGACAAGGAGGGGAGAAAUCGGGGGGUUUGGAUGCCUCUGCUCAAACCACCUCCCAUGAACUCACCAUUCCAAACGAUCUGAUUGGCUGCAUCAUCGGGCGUCAGGGCGCCAAGAUCAACGAGAUCCGCCAGAUGUCCGGGGCGCAGAUCAAGAUUGCCAACCCCGUGGAAGGAUCUACUGACCGGCAGGUGACCAUAACUGGAUCUGCAGCGAGCAUCAGCCUGGCCCAGUAUCUAAUUAAUGUCAGGCUCUCCUCGGAGACCGGGGGCAUGGGCAGCAGUUAGGGGGGCCCCGGACCCCCCCCAGCCUCGCCAUCCAUCUGCGGCCCCUUUAGCACCGACCCAGGUUUUAACUAGUUUGUACAUUUUCGGUUCCUCCAGCCUCGCGCCACUCACCAGGUUCAGUUUGUUUCAUUUUUGUUCUGGUUUUUGUUUUUGGGGUUUUUUUUUUCGGGUUUUUUUGAAUUAAAAGAUAAAAGCAUUUUAAUUCCUUUCGUUCAGCUCUCUUAAAACAAAAAACUGCUGAACCCCAAAUCUUAGUUUUAUAAAGCUUCUCUCUCCUCUCCCCUCCCUUUCCCCGCACCUCCCUCCCUUUCUCCCCCCCCCCUCCUUUUUUCGGCUCAUGAAGUUUCUGUUUUUGUCAUAAAAUGUUAAGAGUGGAAAUAAAAAAAAAGGCAAAAAAAACCCAAACCCACAAAAAAGAAAAAAAACCACACAAAAAAAAAAACAUUUCAGUUUAGUUCUGUAACGUCAGGAAAUUUUUCAAAAAAAAACUGAAUAAAAAGAUGGACUGGAGCUUUUCCUUGUGAAUAGAACCUGCAGGAUAUUUUGGUUAAUGGA